AUGGCUGACUUCCAUGGAAGGAGAACAAUUCUUCUCGCUCUUCUCUGUGUAUUGCAAGUCGCAUUAUUGUUUUUCUUGUACAAGGCUAUUACCCUAGGUUUACCGUUUAAACACGCCGUCUCUAAAACUUUGGAAGCGCUUGAGGUUAAAAGUAACAAUUUACGAAGAAGUGUCUUGGGUUCUUGGACUUCACAUCUUAUUCUUACAAAGACAACGACCACAAAAAGCCCUGAAUUUCCUAAAAUAGUCAACAAAUCAGUUCGUUUUGAUAUAUUUCCAGGUGCUAUUGAUAAACCAUUUUUGGUAAUGCUUGUGAUCACCUCACCAAAGGAUUUUCAACGACGCCAUGUUAUCAGAACAACCUGGGGAGGAACUCAUAAGCAAAUCAAACUGAACCAGUCAGCAGUUUAUCAAGGAGAAGUCUUUGACUURACAAAGCUCAACUUAGUGUUUGUUGUUGGUUGGUCAAGGGAUGUGUUCACUGAUGGUAAGUUGGAACAYGAAGCGAAGAAAUACGGUGAUAUACUUCGAGUUUCGAUGAAUGAAACAUACCGUAAUAUCGUAUAUAAAGUUCUCUGGGCGUACAGUUGGGCAUCGAUUCACAAACCACAAUUUGUUCUCAAAGCUGAUCAUGAUGUUUACAUCAAUAUAAGAAAAUUACUAUCCUGGCUYUUUAARAAUCMUYCAUUACCCUCCUCUCUUUACACUGGAUUUAUCCAUUCAGGAGCUCCUGUAAUAAGGAACGAGCAACAUCCUCACUACGUUAGCAAAGAAGCCCUACCUCGUGACACAUUCCCAGAUUAUUGUGCGGGACCUUGUUAUGUAAUGUCAAAAGAGUUUCUUUUUAAAGCGAUUGCGGAUACGAGUAGAGUAAAGGCGUUUGAAGUUGAAGAUGCGUACGUGGGAGUUGUAGCAAACCAUUUAGGAAUAACACCGCUMMAAAGCUCACKUUUUCUUUGGAACCGAUGGACUCUCGACGACAGCAGACAUUGGAGUGAUAAAAAGUUGUCACGGUAUAUUUGCCUUGGUGAUAGUAUGAAAACAAACUUAAUAACGUACUUACAUUAUAGGUAUAUGCAACUUUGAUCGACGCAGUAGUUUAAGAAACAUCAGCUUAAGAAGUAGUAAACUGUCUUUUAUAAAAGGACGAAAACGAACCAUUUUUUAUGCUAUUUAUCGCCAAUUUUUAGAAUUGGUCAUUAAAAAUUCAGCGCAAAAYAGCCAGUCAGAAAGCGUCUUGAGCAAUAGGUUUCUGAAUGGCCAACCGCCGAUAGCAGUCCCGAGGAAGAAGAGGAAGAUCUUAGUAGUGAAAGUCCAUUUUCAGGUUUUUGAAGUUUACUUUUAGUAGACAUAUGUAUAAAAAAAGGAAAGCAGAAUCAUCUCAUUAGCUUCAUAUUAGCGGACGAGGAAGCCAAUGAUAGAAAACAGGUGUUCAUUCCUAUUCUGCGCCUUCGCGCUGAAGCGCAAUAAGACGACACAACAUUAGUGGAGUGUGACUUUGCCUGGUGCCUGGUGGGCAGCAGUGCACAUUUAUUAUAUAAUGUUCUACAAUUACAGCAAUUACAAUCAUUAAUAAGCAAAUUACUGCUAACCUACCAAAAACAAAUUAUUAUUUACAAAUAUAUCUAUACGUUGCCCGCUACGAAAAACCGGAGACAAAACCUCUUGGGAAAAUACUCURGAAACGUAGUCUCGACCGAUGCAACGCAUGUCUCCGAGGGAUGGAGAACUCUAAGACGUACCAAAGUAUAUACUGUCAUACAUGAUUAAAAAUAUGAA